AUCCGGGUGGCUCCAUCGGCUAUUGUGCAGCAUCUGCCUCCCGCUGCAGGGCCACGCCCUGUCUGCGGAACCGCCUCGUCGUUCGCUCCGGGUUUUUUUUUUUUUUAAUAAACAGCAGAUUUAAAAGGAUGUAUUUUGCAUUUAAGUAAACGUUUUGCUGGAAAUGCAUUACAGUAAUGGGGGAAUAAUAUCUUACUGAUUACAGUAUAGGGCUGGUCUGUCUGCGUGCUGCGUCUCUUCGUGCGUCACUGCUAAAUCUGUCAGUCAUUAUACAGUUAGAGCAUAGCGCAAUAUUACAGCCCAAUCCAUUUAAAAUAACGACUGUACAUAAAGAUUUUAAUUCGCCCGGUUUUGUUAACAUACUAAACCAAGCAAGCUCGAUUCUGGAUAUUUUUUGUUUUUCCUUUCCGAAGGACCAGCUGCCAUGGAGCUCGAUCGGCGACUUCUGCUUGCUCACUCCGCCGCCUACACCCUCUCCGUACUGGCCGGCUUGAUGGUGGUCAUCCCUCUGGCACUGAACGGAUCUGACUUUAAAGGACGCUGUGUUCUAUUCAGUCAGGGGUUCUGGAGGACGGAGAAUGUAACUGGGAGCGCAGAAAAGGCCGAGUGGGUCUCUCGGCUGAUCGUGCAGGAGUGGGGUCCGUCCGCUGCGUGCCAGUUCCCCACGUUUGUCGGGGUGUUUACGGUGCUGUACGGCGCGGCGCAGGGCUGGCGGAGCAUAUUUUACCUCCAUCGCCGACACGACGACACCCUGUUCUCGGCUUUCCUCACAGUAUUGCUGAGCCUGUGCGUACUGUUCCUGUCCGGAGGAGCCAGCGUCACCUUCACCCUGGGGCUGCUUUCUUGGUGUAACACCGUGACCGACCGAGGCGCCCGCACCUACAGCUGUGCAGAAGCGCAGUCCGUUCCCAUGUACCUGGAUGUCGACACGUCCUCCUUCUACACCGAGCUCACCACUGCACAGGCUUCCCUGUGGUGUGUCACGGCCCUCUGGCUGAGCCACGCUGUGCUGUCCUUCCUGCGCCUCUAUCACUCCCAUAGCCAGAAGAUCAGGGGGCCUUGCCUGUCCAGGGAAAAGGAGUUGCUCCUGGGGGGUGCGACUGUGGAGAGCAGCGUCCCACACCCAGACCCACAGGGGACACCUGGAGUUUUUAUCUAGGGGGCAGUUUGCAAAAGCACAGGAGCUCUUUAGUGGGUCUUUUAUGUGUGUUUAGUUGACAUUUGUGUGUUGUUCUGCAUUGAAAUGACAAAGAACUGAGCUUAUAUAUGUCUUGUUUGUUACUGUUUAUUAUAAAUUUCUUAUUCAUUUGCAAAAUAUCACACACCUAUAGCCUGAAUUGUUGACACGUUUCCAGUCACAGAGAAAAAAAACAGGUGUAAUAUUAUAAAUGUUGUUUUCUUAUGCUUUAACACUUUUCUAGGACAUGCUCCAAAGGUAACCAUACACUCUCUCACCUGUGAAGGUUUUAUGACGCUAUCUGUGUUGAUGCAAUUGAAGAAGUCACUAAGCAGCUUUCUCGAAGCAGUGCUUUAAAUACUGGUGAAAAAAUUAUGUAAUAGAGAAUGAAAAGACAACUACAGGGAUAUUCUGUGUUGUUUACUCAGAUAACAUUCAUUUUCUUUCAAUUAUGAACCAAUGAUGAGGCUCUGCAGAAUUGUAUCCUAAUUGCAGUGAUGCACAGAUAUCUGAACUGCAAGCUGGAGGUAAAGAGAGUAUUACAUCGAUAUUGUUAGAUUUGAUUAGCAUUUGAUCUAUUUUUCUGUAAUAAACUUGACCCACAAGGCAUAAACUUGUA